AUGACGGGACCACGCAAACGCCGCGGCAGCUCCUGGCACGUCGCGUCGCACCUCGAAAAAGGCGCGCUGCUCACGGCCAUCAACUGCGUCGCCGCGCUCUCCAUCUUCUUCUUCGGCUACGACCAGGGCAUGAUGGGCGGCGUCAACAACGCGCAGCACUACGUCGACCUGAUGGGGUUCGGCCACGUCGACAAGGCGACCGGCGACCCGGUCGUCACCGACAGCCUGCUGCAGGGCGGCAUCGUGGCCGUGUACUACCUGGGCACGCUGUGCGGCGCACUGCUGGGCGGGUGGGUGGGCGACAAGGCCGGACGGAUCAGGACGGUUGCGUUGGGGGCGGGAUGGGCGGUCGUGGGCGCGGCGUUGCAGUGCUCGGCGGGGGGCAAGGAGUGGAUGAUUUGCGCGCGGGCGGUCAACGGCGUCGGCACCGGCAUACUGAACGCCAUCGUGCCCGUGUGGGCGACGGAGACGGCGGAGCACACGUCGCGCGGGCAGUUCAUUGCCAUCGAGUUCACGCUCAACAUUUUCGGCGUCGUCGUGGCUUACUGGCUGGAAUUCGGCCUUUCCUACAUCGAUGGCGGGGCGUCGGCUUUCCGCUGGCGGUUUCCCAUCGCGUUCCAAAUCAUCCCGCUGCUGCUGCUGCUAGCCGUCGUGUGGUUCUUCCCAGAGUCACCGCGCUGGCUCGUCCGGGUCGGGCGCGAGGACGAAGCGCGGUACAUCCUUGGGCGACUGCGUGGCGACAGCAACGAGGCCGAGACUGCGAAGGCGGACCUCGAAUUCGCAGACAUCAAAACCAUGGCGGAGCUGGAGAAGCGCACGUCCAAACAGCACUCGUACUUGCACAUGCUGUUCGGGAUCGGGUCGGGCAAGCUGCACACGGGGCGGCGGGUGCAGCUCGUCAUCUGGCUGCAGAUAAUGCAGGAGUGGGUGGGCAUCGCGGGGGUGACGGUGUACGCACCCACCAUCUUCCGCAUCGCGGGCUUCGACGGCACCAAGAGCCAGUGGAUCAGCGGGCUCAACAACGUCUUCUACAUGUUCGCGACGCUCGUGUGCGUCUUCACGCUCGAUCGCAUCGGCCGUCGGUGGACGCUGUACUGGGGCGCCGUCGGGCAGGGCUGUGCCAUGUUCCUGGCCGGCGGCAUGGCUCGUCUAGGGCUGGAUGCGCGGGCGGGAGGGCACGCCGCAGCCGCACAGUCGUACGGCGCCGCAGCCGCCUCCUUCAUCUUUGUCUUCACCGCAGUCUUCGGCGCCACCUGGCUGACGGUGCCGUGGUAA